CACGCGCGAAUGCUCCACGCGACGAGCAGAGCAGAGGUAUGACAACAGCAGUCAAGUCUUUGCAAACUUGCCUGUUACAUUGUAACUUGUGAAAUUAGAUUAUACUGUCAAAUGUUUUUGGGUCAACAGCGAAAGUGAAGCAUCGUUGAAAACACUUUUUUUUUGUUGAGACAAAUGUAGCUGAAAAUAAAAGUGGUUGGCGGGGACAGAAAACAACCCGCAUAUGGAACGCAAACAAAAAGGGAAGUGAUCUCAGCAUGCGUUUAAUUUCUUGUUCUUAAAGAUUCGCACAAAUUUUUUUAUCACCCAAAAUGUAUAUGGCAAUUUGAUAGUUUUCACGUAAAGGGCUAGCUAGCUAACUAGCUAGCUAGCUAUUUGCUACUCAGUUAGCUGAAGCUAGCAAGCUCGUUUUCUGUCAUGUUUUGGGAGUUGUAUCGACACUUCUGGGCGGCUCAAAUUUUCAACGAGUUCGACUAGCAAGCGGGGAGCAUGGACAGCUCUGUGACCCUGUGGCAGUUCUUGCUCCAGCUCCUAUUGGACCCCACCAACGAUCAUCUGAUCUGCUGGACCAAUGAGGAGGGCGAGUUCAAGCUGCUGCAGGCGGAGGAGGUGGCCAAGCUGUGGGGCGCCAGGAAGAACAAACCCAACAUGAACUACGACAAGCUCAGCAGAGCCCUGAGAUACUACUACGACAAGAACAUCAUUAAGAAGGUGAACGGGCAGAAGUUUGUGUACCGCUUCGUCUCUUACCCAGACAUUCUGAAAGGGGAUGCCUCUGUUCGGCCCGAUGGGGAGGGGGGUGCAGGGGGUGGCCUGCCACUCUCAGAGAGGGGGGACAACACAUCCAGAGAUGAUGAGGGUGGGGACAGGAGUGGAGGUGUGACAGCGACACAGGGGUCCAGUACUAAGCCGUCUAACCGUAAUGACUACAUCCACUCUGGCCUGUACACCUCCUUCACCCUCACCUCGCUGCAAAAUGGACGCCAGCUCUUCAAGUCCAUCAAGAUGGAGAACCCCGGGGACAAGAUGGCCGACAGGAAGUCCAAUACCCGGGCCCAAGACCCGCCCUCUCAGCCAAUGCAGUCACCGUCAGUCAUCAAGUUUGGGACCACCCCUCCCAAGAGAAGCCCUCCACCUCCUCAGGUUACCAUAGAAACAUCCAAUCCGCCAUUGUACCCUCUCCAAGUCCUGCCUCCCAUAGAUGAUGUAGUGACGACACACUCCGCCCUCCUGCCUCAGGCUGUGUACGCGUUUGAGCAAGCCAAGCCCUUGGAAUCCUCGAAUCCUCGAAUCCUGCAUAGUUUCAGCCUAUCAGAGUUGCCCUCUCGGAGUCCCUCCCCCAGCAUGGUGCCGGACUCCACCCAGGAGCUGGUGAUUGACAGUGACAUCGAGUCCAUCUCCUCCCAACCGACAGAGACACAGAUACAGGUGGUGCAGAGUUCUGGCCAUGUGUCAGGUGGUGAGGUGUGUGUAGGAAACAGAGACAGGGACAAGGGAGGGAAUAGGGAGAUGAGUUUGUCUCCGGUGUGUGUGAGUGGCCAUAUCACAGGGGGCAAGGCCCGCAAGCCUCCUAAAGUCCUGGAGCUUUCCACUCCUACACUGGUGGUCACCACCUCUGACCUCUCACCUAUUAACCUCUACAGCCCCUCACUACCCACCGCCUCUCUCACACCAGCACUGCUACAGACGCCCACUCUGUUGCUGACCCCCAGUCCCCUGCUGUCUAACAUCCACUUCUGGAGCACGCUCAGUCCGGUGGCUCCCCUCAGCCCUGCCACCCGGCGCCAGCAAGGAGCACACACCCUGUUCCAGUUCCCCUCGGUGCUCACCCCUCAUUUCCAUAUCCCCACACACAGCCUGGAUGGGACCAACACCCCCGGACCCCUCACUCCAGACCCCCAUAAGACAUAAGGGACCUUAUCCUUGGAACCUGUGGAGCCCCCAGACACUGAGGCCCAUCUUCUGCUCCAGAAGGGGGGGGGGAAUGAGGGGAAUGAGGGCCACGCACUGCCAGGAGGGGCUGAGGUGGUUAGAGGUUUCCAACACGCACACAUCUUUGAUUCCUUGAACACUUCUUGUUCUUUUAACUUGCCAUCUUCAGGUCUCCAUUGACACCUCUCCUAAAGAGGGCUUAGCCAGACUUUUAAGGAAUUGCCAUGGUAAUGUGUGCUGCAAAGUCUACUGAUUUGAUGCUGACCAGUUAGAAAUGUGCAUCACUUUACCUGGAACAGCCAAUCGUGUCUCCACUCUGAGAGCAAAUGGAUUACAGACCUUUUUCUUCAUAGAAUUUCCUUCUAUUCUUUUUGUGGAAUUUCACAACAAACUGUUUGAUGGUGUGUUGUCAAUUCCGACUUAGUUUUUAGAUAUUUUUUUAAUGGAUAAUUUUCCUGUUAUUUCUUGUAUGUUUUUAACGUUUUUUAACCAGCUAACCUUAAUGUUUCUCCUCCCCGGCCCUCUCAGAUGGGAAAUGCUUCAACUGACCUCUCCGCUUACCAACACCAACUCUACCCUUACCAAAACCCUCAUCUGAAACAGUCAACCCCCUCUUCUACAUGCCAGUAUAUAUGAAACAGUGUGAGGUCUGCCAGUAUAUAUGAAGCAGUGUGAGGUCUGUCAGAACCGUGACUGCUCUCUGCAGUGUAUAACGGUCUUUUGCCAUAACAAAAUGUGUUAUUUAAUGAAGUCCUUACUGUAUCCCUCUCACUUAGACCAGUAUACAGGCGGCCAUAUCAGAAUAGAACCAAACCACCUCAGUCUCUACCAGAGAAAAACAUGCAUAUUUAUGGGACUUAUGCAUGUGUGACGCUUGGAAGAUAUUGAAUUUAUGUAUGGAAAAAGUCCCUAUGCCUCUGGGUCAAUUUAUGAGAAGCCAUAACCCUUACUAUAACCCCAACCUAAAACCUAGCCUUAACCACAUUCCUAACCUAUAAGCAAAAUGUAAACAAUCCUGUGGCCAGGUAGUAGAAUGGACAGAUGAAUAUCACCUCCUUUGCCAAAUAACCACUAACCUUGUGGAGAUUGAGCAAAUAAGGAUCCUCACCAUAAACUAACCCUAAGGCUGUGCAUUUCUGUUGAUGUGAAGCUAUAAGGAAAACAUGAAAUGUGUGAAGGGAAGUCACAUCUGGACUCUGAUAGAAUUGAUAAGUAAGGUGUACUUUUGUUAGUGUUGGAUGGCAGAGGAGUUUGUCACGAACCUGUAACGUUGCUCUAUAAGAAUCAGCCAUGUGAACGUGGUGCCUUAAACCCCUAAACCCAAGCCAAACCUGAGGGGGAACAGCCAUCCCCUCCCCUGUCCACUCUCUACCCUCCUCCCCACUGCCCUGCGCUGGUCUCCAGUGCCUAUACCCUAUCCCUGGGUGCAAACUUCAACAGAGCACUACAACAGCGUUUUGGUUUAUAAAGUAAAUUGAUAAAGUACUAGAAUACAUAGUGUACGUUUUCUAGAUUUCUACCGGUCCUUUACUUGUCUGUAAUGUCUGCUCUCCUAUAUACAGUAUGUUUCCUCUCCCAGCGAACUAACAGGUGGGGGUAACAGCCCUUCCCAUGACAUGGCCAGUGAAUAGCCUGGUUGGUGCCAGUCUGUUUCUGCUUUGCCAACAUGUCACCUUGCCAAUACUUUGGGAAGGGCAAUGAUGUGGCAUGGUUGAAGGCAGAACCAGUCAGGUACCCAGGCUACUGUCAGAAAACCCACACAGGGCGUUCAAAGAUGACACAAAGCCUGCCACAAUAUGGUUUGUUACUUAUUCUCAUGAUGUUGUAAUGUGACUUUAACAUUUUGAUAUUUCUUUGUAUUAUUCAUGUUUUAGAACAGGUUUGCAUAGUCAUUUUGAUUUGAAUGACAGUCGCCUUAAAGAUGGAAUCCGCAGUUCGGGGAAACUGUGCCCCUGACCGCCCCCACCACCGUUGUUAUUGUUGGUGUGCAGUACAUAUUGUGCUCUUCUAUCGUGCGUACAAAGAUGUCAGAGGGGAAAAAAACUGUUUGCAGUAACGUUGUUUGCAGUAACUUCUUUGUUGUUCUAAUAUCGCAAACUGACGUGGCUGUUUUAAGUAUGGAAUAUUAUCGCCCACAUUUGCAAGUCCUGUGAAUCAGGAACAUGAAUGAGGUUUUAAUGUACCAAGAAUCCUGUCUAGAGAGAUUCUGCUAAGCUCGAUUUUGCACAAGAGACAUUUACAGUACACAUGUAUAUGAUUUAUCAGUACACAAUCAAAUCUCCCUUUCCCUCAUCUGCUUAUGUGUCAGAUACAAUCAAAUGACAAAAUAGUGAUGUGUACUUCAGCUGACUUGUAUUUUAAUUUAAUUCCAUUUACC